UAACUGUAUUGAGCUGCUAAUAUCAUCGCGUAGUGCUAUUUGAGUGAUAAGUUCAGAGAGACUUCAACUUGGCAGUGAGGAGGUUAUGGCUUGCGUCAGUCUUCUGCUCGAUAAAUGCCAAUGCGUUUCUGGAGUGAGACAGAGUGCAAUCUUAUAUACUAUCCUGAGCCAGCAGAGACACCUGAACUUCUCACAUCACAGCUGCUCCUGUGAAACUAGGCGGACUGUUUGUCUGAGAACUCCACAGGUUACCUGUCAGAUGGUAUCCGACGUGCUGGUGAAAACAGUAAGUUUUAUGAAGAACCUUCCUUCGUUCCACCACCUUCCCAGAGCAGACCAGUUGCUGUUACUGGAAAACUGCUGGACCCCGUUGUUUUUGUUGGGAUUGGCCCAGGAGAGAGUGAGCUUUGACGUGAUAGAGACCCCAGGCCACAGUAUGCUGAAGAGAAUCCUGCUGAAUGGGCAAGGCCUGAUCAAGACUGAGAAAGAGGAAAGGAGGCAGCCAACGCUUGCUGGUGUGCAGAGAGUUAAAAUGUGUCUGCACAAGUUGUGGGGCUUGGAUCUGAAUCCAACAGAGUAUGCAUAUCUGAAAGGAGCAAUCCUCUUCAACCCUGAUUUACCUGGACUCCAAGCUCCAGAUUACAUUGAAAGCCUUCAGCAUGAGGCACAGUGUGUACUCCACAAGGUCCUGAUGCCUCUUCCUUCCAAGGACAACAGCCGCUUUGCCCACGUUUUAAUUACCAUCUCCGGCCUGAAGACCAUCAGUGCUGAUCUGAUAACAGAACUCUUUUUCAGGCCAGUGAUCGGAGCAGCCGACAUGAGUGAGCUGCUGCUGGAGAUCCUUUAUAACCAGUCAAGCACAGCCACCAUCAUUACUGCCAAUGGACUGUUUGUUUGAUUCCCCUGCCUGGCCAAGCCUCUCGGCGCACUCACAGCUCACCCACAUCACUUGGUCACUCCUACAUUAUUGCCCUCCUACGACAGCUGCCCACUCGAGCGUCGGUACUCACCCACACCCUCUUCCCACUUAUACUUGACUGUUCUUUCACUGACUAACCUUGCCAAGUGCCCUUCUGUACCUCACUGCUGCUAAUGCAGUUCCCGCUUACAUCACUCACCCGCCUGCUCCUGCCCUGUUCUAUGUUGAACUACCUCAUUACAUAUCCCUCGCCCACGAAGAUCUCACUGCUUGUUCGUAGAGCCACAACCCACCCACACCUUAAGGACCAUCCACAUUUCCCUUCCUUUUG